CAAAGCAAUUUAGUCUUCUGCACCUGAAAAUUGUAUCUUUUUUGUGGCAUUAACAAGGUCUAUGGCAAAAGCAAUAAAAAGUACUGAAGAGAAAUGAAUGGAUAAUGGAUACUUGGGGAGUUAUUCUUCUCAAGCUGGCAGCAAAUGCCCUCACUGUUCUUUCUUGGCCUUCAUUUACUCUAAUCUAUCCCUUGUGGGCUUCGGUUUGGUCAAUACAGAGUGAUUCUUCCUCAAAAAAUCAACGAUGCCUUACAUAUUGGGUUCUGUUUGCUUUGUUUACAAUGUUGGAGCUGACCUUCACAAAGCUUCUCAGAUGGUUUCCUUUUUGGCCAUAUGCCAAGGGUAUUGCCACUUUAUUGCUGGUCACACCUCACUUUAUUGGGGCUUCUCAUGUCUACAACCGGUUCAUCCAACAUUUUAUUGAAAAUUCACUAAUUCAGUACAUCUUGCUUCCCCAAACCAAGAAGCCUUUCCCAUUGAAUUCACAGAAUGAUGUCAUUGCUGCUACUGCUGCUGCUGCUGAUGAUGAUGAUGAUGGUGACAGAAACGGUCCCAAGAAGGGACCAGAAUUGGGGAAACCUGAUUUCCAGUCCCAGGGGAAUCUUGAUCCUAUUUCAGAGAAUCAAGAAGUGGACCAUACCUGGAAAUCAAGUCCAAAGAAAGUUCAGAAGGAAUGGAGCUGUGCGCUUUGCCUGAUAACCACUACAAGUGAAAAAUGUUUGAAGAAACAUUUACGAGGGAAGAAGCACAAGGCCAAGGAGGAAGAACAAAGAGCAGUGAAGACCAUUGACAAUUGUUUUCUGAAUCCAAAUAGAACUGAUAGGAUGCUUUUUCUCAAGAGGUUGAACCAACUUGCUAAGAUUAACCAAAUUGCUAGGAUUAACCUUGAAAGAUGGAGUGGGAUUCUAGGUCCUGUCACUCAAUCAAUUAGGUGGUGUAAAUGGAAGAAGCCAGAGAUUGGUUGGAUAAAAUUAAAUACUGAUGGAUCUGUAGAUCUUGAAAAUGCAGGUUUUGGUGGCUUGCUUCGCAAUCACAAGGGUGAUCCAAUCUGUGCUUUUGUCUCUAAAGCUCCUCAAGAUGAUGUUUUCUUAGUUGAGCUUUGGGCUGUUUGGAGGGGCCUUGUUCUUGCCUUGCGUUUGGAGGUUAAAUUAAUAUGGGUCGAGUCUGAUUCACUCCCUGUUGUGAAGACCAUUAACAGGGAACAGCACUAUGGCACAAAGGCUAGUCAAUGUUUGAAGCACAUAUGGGAACUUCUAACAAAGUUUGAGAACUACAAGGUGACUCACUCAUGGCGUGAAACAAAUCAAGCAGCUGAUCAUCUUUCAAAGAUGAUUCUUGCAGGAAGUGAUGUUGUCUUGUGGCCUGGAGAUUUUCCAAAAAGCCUUCGUGAUAUUAUCCAAGAUGAUGCUCAAGGAAGGAUUUAUCAUAGACGGGGACUUCCUUCUGCCUUCCCAUUUCUCACUAGUCCACCCCCACCCUCAUUAUGAUCAAGAAAGGAAAAAAGGGGAAGAUAUAUAUGCUUGUAGAAAAGAGAUGUAUAAGUAUGUUGCUCAUGCAAUUGUGGUGGAAAGAUAUGGGGAAAUUUUUGUUCCUCAUGCAAUUGAGGGAAGAAAAAGGGGGAAGAUAUAUAUGCUUGUGGAAAAUAGAUGUAAAUGUAUGGUGGCUUCGUUUGUGGGUAAAUGUACGUUGCUUGUGGGGAAAUUUUCUAGUCAUGGGAGAGGGAUGGUUAGCGGUAAAGGUUUCUCUUAAUUUGUAACAGGACUUGAGUUACAUGAUCAGUGGGUUACUGAGACCUCGUGUAUUGUAUAAAAUGACUGAAUUUCUCAUAGAUAACCAGGAUAACCCAGUUACCUAGCAUUUAAUUUACUCCAAUGUUUGCAGUAAACCUAUUUCAAUGUG